AUGAAUUUAACUAAACAACAAAAAAACAACCAAUCCCCUAAUACAAAUUACAAUAAACAAUUAAAAAAUAUAGCAGCAGUAGAUGAAAGAGCAGGAGGGGGUGGAGGUGGUGGUGGGGGUGGUGGUAGUAGAAGAUACAAAACACCAAGUCCUCAAUUAUUAAGAUUAAGAAGAGAAGCAGCCAAUGCCCGCGAGAGAAGACGAAUGAAUCACUUAAACAAAGCUUUUGAUGAACUUCGCAAUGUUCUCCCCCCAAAUUUUGAAGAAGGAAGGCGUUUAAGCAAAUUUGAAACUUUAUUGGGUGCACAAGAAUAUAUUAUUAAAUUGAGUGAAUAUUUAGAAGAAUUAAAAAAAGGCAAAAGAAUUGAAAAAUCUUUUUAAAAGAAUUAAAAUAAUUUUGAAAUUUAAUUUCUAGAUAAAUUUUAUUUUUCCCUCACUAAUGCUCUUUACUUACAUAAAAGUCGCUAUGUGUUUUGCGACAGAAAAUGAGCCCAAAAAUUUAUCAGUUAUUAUGUAAUUUAAGAAAAUCUUUCCCUAUUGCCCUAAGAGAACAUUCAAUUAAUUUCAUCACUAACAUAUACUUAGAAGGUUGGCACUACUCCGAUAUUCAGGGAAUCAACAUG